CGAGUUAAUAAACAGAAAUGGCAUCCCUAACAAAUACACUUUUCCCGCUUUUCUCUACCAGUUUUUAUCAACUUGGCCUAACUUGAAAUUCAGUUAAUAUUUGUGAUGGAUAAGUUGGAUCGAUUUAUAAAACUCGCAAAGGCUGGUGAAGGUACUUACGGUGUAGUCUACAAAGCUAAGAACAAGCUAACGGGAAAGAAUGUGGCUCUCAAGAGAAUUAAAUUGGAGAAGUUUUACAACAAUGGGGAUUCUGAAGGAGUGCCUCCCACAGCAAUACGUGAAAUAAGUCUCCUCAAAGGUCUUCGACAUUCUUCCAUAGUAGAAUUACUAGAUGUUAUGCAAACUACCGAUAAGCUAUACCUUGUUUUCGAAUAUUUGGAUUUGGAUUUGAAAAGGUAUCUUGAUAACACACGAUGGACUAUGGAAGCAGAACUUGUUAGGAGCUAUAUGAAACAACUUGUGGAAGCCUUGGCCUACCUGCACUCUCACAGGAUACUACACAGAGAUUUGAAACCCCAAAAUUUACUCGUUGAUAAAGAGGGGCACAUCAAACUGGCAGAUUUUGGUUUGUCCAGGUCUUUUUCACUUCCCACUAGAACAUAUACUCACGAAGUUGUCACAAUGUGGUAUAGGGCACCGGAGUUGCUAUUGGGUGCCAAAAUGUACUGCACAGGUAUUGAUAUUUGGAGUUUGGGCUGCAUUAUGGCAGAAAUGCUUAUGAAAAAGGCAUUGUUCCCGGGAGAUUCUGAAAUCGACCAACUGUAUAAAAUUUUCAAAAUAAUGGGAACUCCUUCCGAAGAAAACUGGGAGGGUGUUUCAUUAUUUUCAGUUUACAAGUCUUCAUUUCCAAAGUGGAAAGCUGUGAAUUUGCCAGAUGUAAUCAAGUUUCAUAACCAAGAAGAAGAAGAUUUCAUAAAGAACUUGUUGACAUAUAACCCAACCAAGAGGAAAACGGCGAAAGAGUUGUUGAAGACCAGCUACUUGAAGUGUGCUAAAUUAACUGCUCCUGAGAUGGAAGCAUUUCCUUGUGACGACAAUGAAGAUUCUAGUUGAAAACUCGAAUUAGAUUACUUUGUUAUUUUAAUUUCAAGAGAUUUUAAAAAUGUGACUGUUGUUUUAAUCGAAAAUUAUGUAAAUUAUUUCAAUAAUAAAAGUACAUCAAGAACAAAGA